AUGCCUGCCAAGGAAGCUGACAGUACCGUAGCGCGCAGGCAUAACGUCAGACUCGUCGUCAAGAGCACCGGGCACGACUAUUUAGGACGAUCAAUUGCUUCUGGAGCCUUGUCCAUCUGGACCCAUUACUUGAAUCGCAUUGCGUAUCACACGGGACAAUUCAAGCUCAAUGGUUCGGGAAAGGCGAUUCCUGGCGACGCCGUCACAGUUGGGGGCGGCACCGAAAUGUACGACAUUUACUCGGCAACCGACAAACAUAACCACACCAUCGUUGGAGGCGGCGGCAAAAGCGUCGGCAUCAGUGGCUACGUCUCGGGCGGCGGUCAUUCCAUCCUCGCUCCUCGAUUUGGACUUGCCGCAGACCAAGUCCUCGAAAUGCAGGUUGUGACACCAGGAGGAGAAAUCUUGACUGUAAAUGAAGAUCGAAACGCUGAUCUCUUCUGGGCUUUGCGCGGCGGCGGAGGUUCAACAUUUGGUGUCAUUACCUCUAUUACGCUCAAGGCACAUCCUAGCCCAAGGAUGUUUGCGAUUAGUUUCAUGGCGCUCAUACAGCCCAAUUCGACCAACUACAGCGACAUCGUCACUUAUUUGGUAUCUCAAGUCCCCAGCUUGAUGGACGCCGGCCUAUCAGGGUACAGCUUUGUGGGAUACCAACUGCCAAAGCCUGUGCCGAUUCCCGGCUUACCAGAUACGAUCAACGGCAUGUUUAGCGAUGUAAUUCUGCAAGAUGCCGACAGCGAGGACGACGUCGACAAGAUACUUAAGCCACUGAAUGAGACGUUGAAAAGGAGGUGGCCCGGCGAAGUUGGGCUUUACAACUCCGUAGUCCCGUACAAGUCGUUUUUGGCCUGGUUUGACGACCACUAUGAUAGGCAAACCGCCGGAAAUAGCACCUAUAUUGUUUCGCGGCUCUUGGACAAAAAGACACUAACCACCACUUCUCCCAAGCUUACCAAGGCGCUCAUGGCACCGAUUCCGUACACAAAUUCAUAUGCGGUAUUCAUGGUAGGAGGGAAGGGUGUUAUUGAUGCCAGGCCAAGAGGAGGAGGCAAUGCCGUGAAUCCCGCCUGGCGAAACGCCUAUGUUCAUGGAAGCAAGUUGCGAUGA